AAGAUGAAGAAAGGCGCAAACUUUAGUGGAUAAUGCUGAUCAUCCAGCACCAAUGUCAAGGUCCAUCUUGGGGUCUAUAUAUGCAACACAUGUUGGAAAAGGUUGAAUGGUGUAACUUUUCACUUGAAUAAUAUCCUAUACAACCCUUUUGCUCAGAACAUUUUUAAUUGCUUUUCAUGCUUCUACGUUUCACUUUAAUUAUACUGCAAGAUGUCACAUCUUACUUCUAAUAACUCCCAAAAUGGCUCUAGGGCUUACCUUCACCAUGACUCAAGCAUCUUCUCCACCGAGAAAAGCCUUCCAAUGAUUGACACCUUCACAUCUGAAUCCCAUCAUACAGUACUUCAUCACCUACCCAUCGCAUGCCACCACUGCAUCGCUACAAUCGGUCAAGGCCAUAAUUCCUACAUCUCCUCUAUGGUCAUUGGGGGACAGUUUCUAUACACAGGUUCUUCAGACAAAGAAAUUCAACUAUGGAAUCGCAACGGGUUAAGCUCUCAUAUGGAUCAAGAAUAUCUAGCUGAUAACAUGGUAAUCAAGGGAAAUGGUGCAGUAAAGUCGAUGGUGAUUUCAGGUGAUAAAUUAUUCAGUGCCCAUCAAGAUCAUAAAAUCCGUGUGUGGAAAAUCAGUGGUCAUGAAACACAACAGUAUAAGCUGACACACUUGGCUACACUCCCUACACUUGGUGAUCGAGCCCUUAAGCUUCUAACACCAAAGAACCAUGUACAGGUGAGACGCCACAAGAAGUCCACGUGGGUACAUCAUCUUGAUACUGUAUCAGCACUAGCCUUAUCCAAUGACGGAUUGCUUUUAUACUCGGUCUCAUGGGAUAGAACACUAAAGAUUUGGCGGACAUCUGAUUUCAAAUGUUUAGAGUCGGUAGCUAAUGCACAUGAUGAUGCAAUUAAUGCACUAGCAUUGUCUAGCAAUGGAGAUGUGUAUACUGGAUCAGCUGAUAAGACAAUCAAGGUUUGGAGGAAGGCAUCAGAAGGCGAGAAUCAUACACUGGUUGCUAUAUUGGAGAAACAUAAAUCUGGGGUAAAUGCCCUAGCACUAAGCAUUGAUGAGAAUAUGCUAUACUCUGGUUCCAGUGAUCGAUCUAUAAUGGUUUGGGAGAAGAAUAUUGAUGAUGGAAACACAGUGGCCGUGGCUGCGUUAAGGGGGCACACGAAGUCUAUCUUGUGCUUGACUGUGAUAUCGGAUUUGGUGUGUAGUGGCUCAGCAGAUGAAAGCAUAAGAAUUUGGAGAGGUAUUGGCAGAUUCUACAUUUGCUUAGCGGUAUUGGAGGGACACAGAGGCCCUGUGAAGUGCUUGACAAUGGAAAGGAAUCAGGAAUACGAUGAUGAUCCAUCUGAUCAUACAUCUUCUUAUUUCAUCUACAGUGGUGGUCUGGAUCGUGACAUCAAAGUGUGGCGGAUUUCCAUCCCUUCAACCUAGACUACUUCAAUUCCCUCUCUUAUAAUAUGUAUGCUUGGGAGCAUAUAUAUGUAGAUGUAUAUGUAGAAGAUUCUUCUUAUCCACUUUAUGUGCUCUAGUAUGGAUCGCAGGAGAGAGACAAAACGAGAUAUAGUAUGUUCCAUAAGUUUUACGAGGUUUCCAGAUGAAAGCCUUAAUAUUGUGCUACUAUAUAUAAUCUGUAAGACAGAAGUGGAGAGUGUGCUGUGUGCAUGGUUACCUUGAAGUUGCGACAGAAAUGCAUUUUGGAUACUUCCCAUAGGUAAACCUGAACUUGGGAAUUCAUCCUAAGUUUUCUUUAUUUAUCCUUUCAAAUAACAUCGCAAAUAAUGAUGAGUUUAUUCAUAUAUAUCAUGGUAAUUACUAAUUAAUGCUAGCUUAAUUAUAGUUUUA